CAUUUAGUGCCAAGAUUCUCUUAUGUGGAUUGUUAUUUCCUCAUUAGAGUUACAUCCUUGUAUUUGUCCAAUAAAUAAACAACCCCAUUCUUCAUCUCGUUCAGUCAUCCUAUUUCGAAACCGUUCUAGCAAUUCCGUCGUAGCUACGCCGGAAUCAUUUACUUGUCUAACUCGCCGGUGACAGUCUACCGUUACUCGUAACUGACUUAUGGAUUUCCCCCUAUACGAAUGGGUCGACGGGAGACGGAAACCCCUAACGGAACUCUCCCGGGCCCGCGGCCCAAACCCACAGCGUAAAAGAAAAGCGGGCGGGAGAGAGAGAGAGAGAGCGAGAAUUAGCCAAGAGGAGAGGGAGAAGAGGAAAUCGAAAUUCCCAAUUCAAAAGUUCUCAACUUUCAUAGCCAACCGCCCAAUUUCCUCUCUUCUCCAUCCAAGCAAUCCGCCGAAGCGACACCAGGGCCAUGUAUGCGCAUUUCUUUUCAUCGCCGGCGACAGUCUAUUGUAAUGAUUUGAUUCCUACGGCCAAAGUUUGUGACUUCAACGUUAUGUUUCAGGGGACCUGUGAAGUUGGAGCUUCGUUGUCCGCAGAGAGUUCAAGGGAUUGCUGUCGAACCCGAGCCCAACUGGAGCUUCGAGUCUCUGUUGUCGGAGCUUGAUUCGCUCGAGAAGAAGCUUAGUUCGUCGGCCAAUUUCCCGGUACCCUUUACUAAAAAUCAAUCUCGGUACUCGAUCCUCUUUCCACAUGUUCAAAAUUGAUAGUCUGAAGCUUGUUUUCUGCCAUUUGGGGAUUGGUUUUGGUCGUGAACUUUGAAUGGGCGGUUUUUGUUGUUUUUCCCCACAGGGGAUAUCCAAAUGGGAAAACUGUGGAGAGGCUUUCAGUGGCGUUCUCCAUGCGAAUAUCUGAUGAGGAGCUGGAAGUUUCUGACGAGGAGGAGGAUGAUAGUCGAGCUUUAGUAGUAGCGAAACGGUUCAAUUUAGAUGAUGUUGAUGCAAGAGAGAAUGAUGCAUCUGAUCAGGAGUUUGGUGCUCUUGAUGUUCAACCCUAUCUAAUGGAUGAAGUUGGGUUGGUGGAAGCUGCGUUGUUUGAGCGGAUUCAUGAACAUCAACUUGAAGUAAAGGAGGGGAUUAGAAGCCAACUAUCGACAUUGGAGUUGGAUUUAAUAAGCAAAAAUCAAAAGGAUGCUUCAGCAUUUGCUCGUAUAGACAAGUAUAGUGAAGCGAGAAGGGAAACAGACCGGAAGCUCGACACCUUGUACCAGCGUAACAUUGCAGAAGCACUAGAUGAUCACUUGACUGCUAUCCAGCGGGAUCAUGAAAUCAAGUCCCAGAUGGAAGAAAGAAGAAUAAGGAUUGAUGCAGAAGAGGCAAAGAGAAAGGAAAAGGCUGUUCAAGAAGAGAGACUACGUCAAGAAAGAGCCAGAGAAGAAGCCGAGGCUAAACGUAGAGCUGAGGAAGCUAGAAUAGCUGCACUAGAAGCAGAGAAGAAAGCAAAAGAGGAAGCAGCUAAAAGGGAAGCUUUGAAAACUGUUGUCUCAUCUGAGCAGACUAAUGCCACUGCAGUUAAUACACCUCCAAAUCAGGAUUCACAGUCCCAGGCAUCAAAAUCCAAUACCACAAAAGCAUCACAGUCUGCAGGUGAUAUUGUGAGAGCUUCUGCUUCAGCUCUUUCUCUGGAACAAGGAAGGCUGCAGAAGCUUAGAGAGCUUGAAGACCAAAAUCAGUCUCUCAUGUCAAUGUCCAAUAUGAACCUUGGCCAGCAUACCCGGCCAAUUGGUAGACUGAUAAGACAGAUAAGGGGGAUAGAAGAAAACGUAAGAACAAAAGCAAGUGAACUUCUAAAGAUCUUCAAGAAUCCUGCAUGCCCAGAGUCCAUCACCAUUGCAGCAUUUGCGAAGAAGGCUGUUGAACAUUGUGAAAACCCUGACAAUGCCGCUUUUGCAUCUGCUCAAGUAAUAGUUCUCAUCACUUCACAGGUCCCAUAUGCAAUGGAUCUGAUUUUGGCCGAGUUCCAUAAAGCUUGUAUAUACACUGUCCCGAAGCAUAUAGCAUAUUCAAAGGCCGCGUUCAGCUCUAAAGAGGCUUAUUACAAAGAACAGCUUGGGUUUAAGGAAGAUGGCGGGCAACUCGAGAGUGUCAAAGAUUACUUAAAACGCAUGGAAGCUUACAUGAGAUUGUACGGAGCUCUGGUUCAGACCGAAACAGUACGUGGUAUCGAGAACCCUCAUGGCCCAGCAGCAGGCUGGUCGUGGCUCGCCAGAUUCCUAAACGCUCUCCCAGCCAAUUCAUUCACCGCAGUAGCACUGAAUGCAUUCCUCCAAACAGCUGGGUUUGUUCUGUAUAGAAAGUACAAGUCCCAGUUUGCGAAGCUUCUGCACAUGGUCUCGAGUCACUUCCUGAAAGCGCUGAAAACUCGCAAUGAUCCUGACCUAAGGCCUAUAAUCACGGAGAUCGAGUCGUACAUUCAAGACAAGAGUUUCCUAAAAGAGCCAGAAGGGAGGAGGAUGGAAGGGAAGCCCUUGCUCUCCAGCCAAAUGCCUUCUGAACCCGAGUACAACCAGUACAACCAAUACAACAACACUUACCGGCGUUAAACAUCAGAAUCUGUCAUUGUCCUGAAGGUGGAGAAGCCUCAUCGUGAUGUCUUGGCUUGAUGUACUCUCCCUGUUUAAGGAAUGCUGCGGUGGUUUUCGUAAUUUUUUUUUUCUUUACAGGCUUGUUGUAACUUAACAUUCUUCCAGGCUCAAUGCCAUGGACCAUCGAAUAACACAGAUUAGAGCUAUAGUAACAAAAUGAGCACGAUUACGGUUCUUUCACCUCAUCUAAAAUUCUGUCAAAUAUCUUGCCAAUUUUUCACCUCGUUAAGAAAAUUGAAUAAGAAAC